AUGAGGAAUGCCGAGAACGAAGCUCGGCUCAUGUCCAAGCUUUGCGUCUGCCCUGGAGUCGUGGCCUUUGAGGAUUUCGUGAGGGAGAGAGAAGCUGGGAGGUGCUAUGGGACUAUCGUUAUGGAACUUUGCGGCCCUAGCUUGGCAAAGCGAUUGAUCCAGGGCGGGGCAAUGACUGAGGAAGAAGUAGCCAAGACUAUUAAAACGCUAGCAGAAACAUUCAAGUGGAUGCAUUUGAGAGGGGUCGUCCACUGCGAUCUCAAGCAUCACAACAUCUUUCAGAGGCUCAACACCACUGCAGUAGAUGAACUGGUGAUUGGAGAUUUUGGCACGGCCUCGGACAAGCAGUGGGAUAUGCAGCAAUAUUGUGGAACAGCAAAGUACAUGGCACCCGAGGUGGUAGCUGUGAAGAAUGAUGGAGCCCGAGGACGACGAGCGAGUUACACAGCGGCCGUGGACAUGUGGGGGCUGGGAGUCAUUGUGUACAAGCUGCUGAGUGGGUAUCGAUCGAGAGUCGAAUUUGAUUUUCUGAGAGCUGGAGCAUUCCCAAGUGAUUUGGUGUCGUGUGAAGCAGAGGAUCUCAUCCAGGGAAUGUUAGCUGUGGAGCAGAGCAAGAGGGUGACUCUAGAUGCCGUGCUUGCACAUCCCUAG